AUGGCUAAUGAAAGCCUGGGGAUAGACUCCCAUAAGACACGCAUCAAGGUUUCCCCAAUUAAGCGAAUAAAAUUUCAUACAUCUUCCCUAGUCAUUGGUACUACUUGUCCUAAUGUUGUAGACAUCGACUUAUAUUUUUCAUGGAGGAAGAACAUAUCCUAUUUUGCCUGUGCAACUCAGCUAUUUUUCUUUCUCACACUUGGAAUUGCUGAGUGUGUCCUGUUGACCCUCAUGGCCUAUGACCGCUAUGUGGCUGUCUGUAUUCCCCUGAGAUAUACAGUGCUCAUGAGCCCUACAGUCUGUCUGCAGAUGGCUGCUGCAGCCUGGAUAGGAGGAGCUCUUACUGCCAUUGGUCACACCAUCUAUCCAAUGCAUUUGCCUAGCUGUGGCUCCAAGAAGAUUAAUCAUUUCUUUUGUGAGGUGCCUGCCAUAUUGAGACUGUCUUGUGUGGACACAACAGCCUAUGAGAUGGUGAAAUUUGUGACCACCAUUGUGUUUCUCCUGGUCCCAUUUUUUCUCAUCCUGUUAUCCUACACCUUCAUCUUCCUCACUGUCUUUAGGAUGAACUCCCGCAAGGGAAAGAACAAAGCCCUUGCCACCUGCUCUUCCCACCUGACUGUGGUGAGUCUCUACUUUGGUCAGGCUAUCUUCAUUUACAUGAUGCCCAGCUCUUCCCAUACACCUGAACAAGAACAGAUUGUUGCCGUGUUUGGCACCAUGGUCACUCCCAUGCUCAAUCCUCUCAUCUACAGUCUGAGGAACAAAGAAGUAGUGGGGGCUCUGAAGAAGGUGGCUAUUCCAUAUGCAACUUCAAAAUAUGACAAAAGUCUUGAGGAAGAAAACAGAAUAGGAAAGAGCAGACAGCCCCCUCCUUCUGCUUGUCCUCAUGCUUUAAUUAUGCAUAUGAUAAGAAGGAACCAAGAGCCCCCUCCUCCUGCUGUUCUCCAGGAAGGGGCAGGCACUAGGACGCUGGUCACCUCAGUAGCCUGGCCACUCCUAUGCACGAUUUGUGCCACUACAGCAGUGAAGAUGGCUGCACAAACAGAAGCACAGAGGUUCAAGGAUGUGCUGCUUUUAAAACAAAAGCCUAGAGAAGUACAGAUUCAUACUACUGAAGGCUUAGGUACCUGUUUCAAAACAUCUGAUUUUACCAUGAAGAUUCUAGCCUCUCUGCUAGCCUAA